AUGAUUUCUCUACCAGGCCUCAACUUGUCCUCGCAGCCCGCCGAAGCCCAAAAUGGUCCUACCUCGACGGCCACACGAACCCAAGACCUUGCUGCCAACACCGAAUAUCGCUUCGAGGUAUCCUUCUCCCGAACACUCACAAUUAAGCUGCAAUCGGGAACCGCAGAGUUUUUCGGUACCGAGCUGGCCCCGUCCACCACGUAUACCUUCCAGGGCACCAAGGGCGCCAUCUUCACAUGGCACGGCUGCAAGCUCGAUAUCGGCGGUGAAGUUGAGUCGGAUUAUGUCGCUGAAGAAACACCCAUGCUGAGCUGUGCGAACCUACACUUUGCGCUAGAAAAUCUGCGCGACAAGAGCAUCGCCAGCGGCAGCGUCGAGAUGGGCCCCAGAGUACUCGUCGUAGGGCCUGAGAAUUCGGGCAAGACUUCGCUCGUCAAAACCCUCACGUCCUACGCGGUCAAGACGAGCAGGCAGCCAAUGGUCAUAAACCUGGAUCCGCGCCAGGGUAUGCUCAGCGUGCCCGGCUCCUUCUCAGCAGCUGUGUACUCGUCCAUCGUAGACAUUGAAGAGGGCUGGGGUAGCAGUCCAAUCUCAGGGCCCAGCCCUAUCCCGGUGAAGAUGCCGCUGGUAUAUCACUACGGUCUCAAGGACCCAGAGGAGGGCAAGGUGUUCAAGCCGUUGGUGACACGCAUGGCACUUGCUGUUACAAGUAGAUUGGAGGAGGACAAGCUCAGCAAGCAGGCUGGCUUCAUCAUUGAUAGCUCAGGCGCCAUCAGCCAAGGGAGAAAUGGCGUCUACGACAACAUAGAACAUAUCGUUUCUGAGUUCUCUAGUACGUGUGAUGUCUUGAAUACUAUUUCUGCCUUUUUCCCUUCCACCAUCGCCCAUGUCCACACAUACACAGCGUCCAACACCCAAUGUCCUGGACGACAGGCAAUCCAUUUCAACGUCCUCAUAACCCUUGGCUCCGAACGUCUCUACUCCGAUCUUUCUCGCAAAUUCUCAACCCGCACCAGCGGCGAUCCCUCUGAAUCCGUCUUCGUAAUCCGUAUCGACAAGUCCGGCGGCUGCGUGGACCGCAGCGAAGAAUACAUGAAAACCCUGCGUCACUCCCAAAUCAAAGAAUACUUCUUCGGAAAAGGCGAAGAAACACUCGCUCCUAGCAGCCAGAUGGCCGAUGCUGCCGACCUCAACAUUUUCCGCGUCAUCGAAGGAGACGUCAACGGCGGCGUGGACGAAUACGGCAUGACUGUCGAGCGACAAAUCUUUGAAAAAGUGAUACCGUCUGAGGCAAUGCAGAAUCAGCUACUGGCAAUCACUACAGCGAGUCCGAAUGAUCCGCAGGCUGUUAUCCGCGACAGCAGUAUCAAGGGGUACAUUUACGUCGCCGACGUAGAUGAGGCGAAGAAGAAGGUGAAGCUCCUCAGCCCACUACCAGGAGCAACGCCAGGGAAUGCCAUGAUCUUGGGCAAUUGGCCGGAAACUGUGGAGGGGCUAGUUAACUAG